UUUACGGUGAUUAUAGUGAGUAAGCCUCAUUGAUAGUUCAGCAAAAUUCGUACGACUAAGGUGAAGGUGUUCAUAUAAAAAAUUAUCCAAGGAAAUAAAUAAAAUAAAAAAACAAUGUUGAGUCUUUGCCGUCAAGCGUUAAUAGCUAACAGUCAAAAAGUCAGUACAAGGUGCUUAGGAACAAUAGUACCAGUACCCAAUCCUGUUGACUUUCCAUUAGAAAAUGAACCUAUCCUUACUUAUAAAAAGGGCAGCCCUGAAAGGGCCGAACUGGAAAAGGUUUUGGAUAAAAUGUCCAAGGAAUGUGAAGAAGUACCAUUGGUUAUUGGAAAUGAGGAAAUUAAAACUAAUUCAUGUAAAUACCAAGUUAUGCCACAUAAUCAUGAAGCAAAGAUUGCAAAGUAUCAUUGGGCAUCACCUAAUCUAGUCAAAAAGUCAAUAGAUGUUGCUGUAAAGGCUCAACGUGAAUGGGAAAAAUGUCCAAUUGAAAAACGUUUAGACAUUUGGUUGAGGGCAGCUGACUUAAUGGCAAAUAAAUAUAGACAACAAUUAAAUGCUGCCACAAUGCUUGGACAGAGUAAAACUGUUAUUCAAGCAGAAAUUGAUAGUGCAGCAGAAUUAAUUGAUUUCUUUAGAAUGCAUGGGUAUUUUGCUAAAGAGGCUUUAAAAUAUCAACCAAUCUCACCCAAUCGUAAAGAAACAUUGAAUUCUAUGAGAUACAGAGGGAUGGAUGGUUUUGUUGCAGCAGUAUCACCAUUCAACUUUACUGCUAUUGGUGGUAAUCUUAGCUAUACACCUGCUCUAAUGGGCAAUGCAGUUCUUUGGAAACCAUCUGAUACAGCUUUACUUUCUAAUUGGUGGAUCUUUAAAAUAUGUAGGGAAGCUGGUGUACCACCAGGUGUAGUGAAUUUUAUUCCAUGUAAAGGCCCUGUGUUUGGCGACGUAAUAACUGCUUCACCUUACUUGUCUGGAAUUAAUUUUACUGGAUCAGUUCCAACGUUUAAUCAUUUAUGGAUGCAAGUGGGUCAAAAUUUGAACAAAUAUAAGAAUUAUCCCAAAUUAAUAGGUGAAUGCGGUGGUAAAAAUUAUCACUUCGUACACCCGAGUGCUGACGUGGAAUCAGUUGUAAAUGGAACCAUAAAAAGUUCGUUUGAAUUCAAUGGCCAAAAGUGUUCAGCUUGCAGUAGAAUGUAUGUUCCAGAAUCAUUAUGGCCUAAGAUCAAGGAGGGUCUUUUAUCGAUUCGUGACACACUUAAGAUUGGUGACGUUAGAGAUUUUACCGUGUUCACCGGAGCCGUUAUAGACGCAGCCGCAUUUAAGAGAAUAUCCUGUUAUAUUGAUCAUGCCAAAAAAUCGCCGGAUUUAGAAAUCAUUGGUGGUGGAAAAUAUGAUGAUUCGCGUGGAUAUUUCAUUGAUCCAACAAUAGUAGUAUCAAAGAAUCCGAAAGAUAAGAUAAUAACAGAAGAAAUAUUUGGCCCUGUGCUGACAAUAUAUGUUUAUAAGGAUACGGAACUCGACGAAACGAUGAAAUUAGUAGAAUCUUCGACUCCUUAUGCUUUAACUGGAUCGAUAUUUUCGCAAGACGAACAAUGGGCGAAGAGGGCUCUCGAGGAAUUUAAAUAUACAGCUGGUAAUUUUUACGUUAACGACAAAUCGACAGGAUCGGUUGUUGGCCAACAGCCGUUCGGUGGCAGUCGAAUGUCUGGUACAAAUGAUAAAGCUGGCGGUCCUCAUUACGUUCUUCGUUGGGCAUCGCCACAAUCAAUCAAAGAAACAUUUGUUCCUUUGCGUGAACAUGAUUACGAGUACAUGAGGUCUUAG